UUUACUGGUUUAACGUAAACAAAGAGGGACAAAUCAAAAUGCCAUCAAAAGGCGUUAAAUCCUUUAGAACCCGACAAGAUAAACAGAAAAUGAUAGAGAGACUGAAGAAAAAGACCCAUUUUAGCAAACUGGAGAUAGAAAAGUUACUAGAAAUGCAGAGAAAACUAAGUACCAGGGGCAAUAAAAUCGACAGGUCAAAGUUCAGAGAUCUACUCCACAAUACAUUUGCAAUCACAGAAGACUUUAUAAUGGACAGGGUUUUCAAGGCAUUUGAUAAAGACAAUGACUCACAUUUGAAUGAAGAAGAAUGGAUUUUGGGAAUGUCAGUUUUUCUCAGAGGCACCAUUGAUGAAUUAUGCAAAUACUGUUUUGAUGUGUAUGAUAUGAACAGUGAUGGUUUUAUUUCAAGAGAAGAAAUGUUUCACCUGCUGAAACAAAGUCUUAUUGUGCCAGGAAAUGAGCAGGAUGAUCCAGAUGAUGGCGUAAAAGAUUUAGUUGAAGUUGCCCUGAAAAAGCUGGACCAAGAUCAUGACACAAGGGUUUCAUUUGAAGACUUUAAAACCUCCAUCCAUGACGACAAUUUACUGUUAGAAUGUUUUGGAAGAUGUCUACCUAACCUUCCGAGAAAAGAGUCAUUUCUUGAACAGAUUGCAGAUGAAGCACAUCUAAAGAAAUAAAGAGACCUGAUUAAUAUUUCCAGCUACCAGAUUAUUGUUAUGUGUCAACCCAAUGAUUAUUUGUGAUGCCAAUGAGUGAAUUUACCAUGAACUUGUCUUCCAAAUUUGUGUUUCAUAUGUCAUAAAUUUUCUCUCGAAGAGAAGUUUGUUAUCAUAGCCUUUUAUAAACAUAUUCAUUUAUAGAAUAUUGCUAUCUUCAAAGGGUAAUAUGAUUCAGUACAUUUAGUUUUCUUGUUUAAAUAAGAGGGAAAAUCAGAGCAGCCAAUAAGUAAUGUGAUAAAUUUCAAAUUAUUAUUUUGUAUUUUAGAAAUACUUUUUAGCAAGAACUAAGGGUAAUGAAUUUCUCAUAAAAAAAUGUUAUUAUUAUACGUAAUUGUUCAUGCUUGCAUUAGAGCAGUAAUUAUUUCUAACACAAAACUGCAGUUUUUGUUUAAAUACAUUCAUAUAUUACCAUUGAUUACCAAUAUAAAAGAUGUAUAUUAGUAUUUGGAUGUAAAUUAUCAGCAUUUAAUCAUUCAUAUCUAGUCAAUAAAGCAGGGUUAAAUUUCAGAUACAAUCUUAAAUGAUGAAUAGGCCUAUUUGACUAUGAGCAUAUUUCAUUCUAUUCUGAUGUCUAUUUUGGAGGGAAGUUAACUCAAUUCUCAUAAUCAUAAAUCUAUCAGGCCUUUUAUUAAAAUCAGAGAGUGAUGAUUUUAAUGCUAGUUGAUUCAACAUGUUCAAAGUGAAACAGUAAUUUUAUAUUUACAAAAUUCUGAUUAAUAAUUGGAUACAAUAAUCAGUAUGUGACUUGAUAAUGUAAAUACUUCCCUAUUGGUUUCUUUAAAAAAAAAUCAAAAUGAUCAAAAUCAAAAUGCUGCAAUGAAAUAAAUAGCUUAAAGAUAUUUUGUUUUUGAAUGAGAGGAAGAUAUUAUUGGGACAAAGGCAUUUUUAUAAAAAAAGUUGAUUAGUGUUACAUGUUAUUUGAAGUGUUUUUAUCUGCUAUAUAUUUGUAACUAUUUAACAUUGUUAUUUAUAGACUAAUUGUCUGGUUUUGAUUUUCUAACCUUUUACAUAUCAUUUAUUUAUGAAGAUUUUAUUCUUCAGUGCAUAGUUAUGAUAUAUUUGCAUGAACAUGGCAUAAUACCAAAGUUUCUUGUUUAUUUAUUUAGAAUUGUUUAUCAGUAUUUUUUUUAAUAAAACAUUGUAAAAGUAAUUCCCACCUGUACAUGAUAGAGAAUUCUUAUGAAGCACAGCAACAUUACUUCACAGACAUAAAUAUCCUAUAGAUGAGGUAACCUAUAAUACAUUUGUAAUGAAAGAGCAGACUCUUAAGCCAUUCGAAUUGUCUUCCUUUGACUACAAAAAUAUCAAUACAUCAUGGGAGUGUUGUCAAGUAGCUAGUUAAUAAUUCAUAAUUAUAAAAUAUGAAAUAUACACAUAUUGUUCCAUACAGCUGGAGUUUAAUGUAGUUGCAAUAAACAAGAGACUUUGUUAAUGAUUGUUUUAGUUACAUAAUAGGUAACAGAUGUUUUUCUGAUUAUAUUGUUGAAUUAUAACCAGUUUUAUAUGAGUGUUUUUCCAUUUGAAACCAUUGUUUUUGUGACAGUUUUAGCAAAUUAUUUUAACCAAAGAAAUUAUUGCUUACUGCAUUUACCUGUUCAAUGAAAGUGCUAUCCUUGGCUUUAAUAAAUGUAUUGCCAAAAACAGAAAAGACAGAGAUAAAUUGAUCCCAGGGAAUAUUUGAGUGUGGAAUUUAUAGCAUUAUUUUACUUCAUAAUUGUUUAUUAGAUUUAUCAUUAACAUUUUUUUUUAUCAGAUUAAAUAUAAGGUUAAACGUGUUCUUUAAAUGGAGGGAGGCCAAACUUCUCCCCUAAUUGAUAAGCAGUAAAAUUCAUAACAUCUACCUUUUAGUACAUUUUAUGUUUUUUUUUUUAAACUUUUUUUUUAUCUUUUUUAUUCCUAGAUAAGCUUUUCUGUGAUUAGAAACAUGUUGAAUUCUAUAACUAUUGUCAGUGAAAAGUAAUUGUGAUAUCUGAUAAAACUAGUCCAAAUAAAGUGCAUUUAUGUCUUAUUUUCAGGAUUUACUAGUCUAUUUAAAGUCUACAUAAUUUAUUUUAAGUUGGACCCCCAUGACAUUUAAGAUUUGUUUCAGCAAGUAUUUUUUAUCCAUUCAUAUAGCAAUGUAUUGCCAAAGGGUAUACAUUAUUUUUGUAUUUAAAUUUGACAGAAAUUUUACUGUUAACUGUAAAUAACAAAAUAUAAAAAAAAAAUGUCCAUGUGUCUCUAUAAUGUGUGUAUCUUGUAAUCUUAUUACCUAAUUGUUGAUUUCUUGCCAGUUAUGUUCAGUCAAUGCCAUAAUAUAAUUAUUAUUUUAUAUAUCGUUUGAUAAAUAUUAACAUGAUAUUUUUACCUAAUUUUUACGUUAAUUAAGGAUUGCAGUUUUUAAUCUUUAAUAAAAUUUGUGAUAGUA